CGGAAAAUUGCGAUCGCGUGCCGCUACAACUCAAUCCGCCAAUUAAAUGAACCGCUAAAAACUUUUGAUGUUGUUUAAUUAAUACAACUCGUUUUAGGGUAUUUUCCGGAGUAGAGACAACUCUGUUCAGGAGUUUUGCUAGUUUACAACUUAGUUAUACAAAGUUUUCAGUCUAUUAAAGUCAUUGGGAUGGGCCUGAAUAAGUGGGUUGUUAGUUGACAAUGUAUACUUUGUCAACUUUAGUUAUGGAGGAGCUUGAAUAAAGAUGGAAUUUUGCGGGUAUCCCCCGUGACUAUCGCCACAUCUCCACAACAUCAAUCUACAAACAUGUCGAUACGAUCUCGCAGAAUAUCGCUUCAACUCCAGCUAGUAUUCGGUUUAAUGUGUAUUUUAACGGAAUUAAUACAAUGCGAGGAAUUCCAUUCAAAUAUAACCCAUCGCAUUAAUCUUACUGAAUCGGCAAUCGAACCAACGCAUUCCGAGAUCGUUAGUGGAAAUAUUAUCCAAGCAAACACGUCUCGCAUCUUGAACACUACGUAUAAGAUUAACGGGGAGUCUUCCAAUAAAAACAUUAAUACUUUCCCAGAAAAUAAGAGUCACGCAGAGCAAAUUUUGGUGGGGAGAUUUGAUGUCGAGUCGGGAGAGAAAAAGAACGCAAAUAACGUUUUCACUCCGGUAGGAACACAGAAUGGUAAAAAUGGGACCAAUCGAAACGGACAAGACAGAUUAGGACAUCGUUCGACUAAAGGAAUUAAAAUUGGGGUCAUUAGAGAGGGAAACCGAAAAUUCGUAUCGAAACUCGAGGCAAAUAAUUCUUCAGUAAACAGGUCUGUUUCGUCUGAAAAUCCUAAAUCAAAGGAUACCGUACUAUCCCUAAAUCCCGAGAGCUCGUUUAAUGAAAUACUCGCAAAUGGAUUAAAUAAAAGUAAAGGAGAUAAAAUGCUUAAUUUUAAGGAAACCAAAAACAUUUCUUUAGUAAACGAUACAAUUGCCGAUUAUCUAAACAACACUUCUCAAGACGAACAGAUUAGUACUGAUAGCUCUAACACAGUAUCGACAGACUCCAUUAAUCGCCCUAAACCACUGGUAAUUAAAAGGACCAAUUCAUCACCGGAACCUACCAAUCAAUCAGGAAGCGAUAGCGAGAUGUAUCUAAGUGAUGAAGAGGCAUUGGCAGAGGUGACAACGACAGAAGGGUUUCAUUUGUUCACUGGAAAUUUAAUCAAUAAAGAGGAAGAGGAGAUUACUGUGCAAGAAGAGACCGAAACCUUUUCAACUAUAAAUAAUGAUGUAAUCAAUAUCUCUACUAGUACAAAUUAUCCUACGACUGUAAUUUUAACAACACAAAAUGUCGAUAAGAAGACUCUUUUAAAUGUAACUAAGUAUUUAUCAACAACGUUGGAUUUCAAACAAUUUGAGUCCACGACUCUUUUUGAUUACGAUUCUUUUAAUAUAUCAUUAGACUUCGAAAACAGUAAUGAAUCUGACGGUAAUAAUACUUCUCGAAUUGUGCAAGAAUUUCCAUGGCCGGUUAAAAAGGAGGCUGUUGUGGAAGGUGAUAUUAUACUAGGUGGGUUAAUGAUGGUUCAUGAAAGGCAAGAAGAAAUUACUUGCGGUCCAGUAAUGCCGCAAGGUGGAAUACAAGCAUUGGAAGCUAUGUUAUUUACGUUGGAUAAAGUGAACGAGUGGAAUAUGUUUCCUAAUAUUACAAUUGGUGCGCAUAUUUUAGACGAUUGCGAUAAGGACACUUAUGGAUUAGAAAUGGCUGUGGAUUUCAUUAAAGGCUCAAUCAGCAAUAUCGACGGAGCGGAAUACCACUGUAAUAAAACCCAAGUUCGUAAGGUCAUUUCCGGCGUAGUUGGUGCUGCUUCCAGCGUUACCUCCAUUCAAGUCGCCAAUCUUCUCCGUCUCUUUAAGAUUCCCCAGGUAUCCUUCUUUUCAACCAGUCCAGAGCUGAGUAACAAACAACGUUUCGAGUUUUUUACACGAACAAUUCCAUCUGAUCGUUAUCAAGUUAAAGCUAUGGUAGAUAUUGUUCGCAAGAUGGGAUGGAGUUACAUAUCAAUCAUCUACGAAGAAUCAAACUAUGGAAUAAAAGCUUUUGAAGAACUUGAAGAUUUAUUAGCGGAACAUAAUAUUUGUAUAGCGGUGAAAGAGAAGUUAGUAAAGGAUUCUGGCGUAGCCGAUGAGUCUGCCUAUGACAGCAUAGUGCAGAAGUUGCUGACCAAGCCAAGGGCUCGAGGUGCUAUAAUUUUUGGAUCAGAUCAAGAAGUUGCUGGUGUUAUGAGAGCUGUAAGAAGAAGUAAUGCUACAGGGAGCUUUUCUUGGAUUGGAUCCGAUGGAUGGAGUGCACGAUCUCUAGUUUCAGAUGGUAAUGAAGCCGAAGUGGAAGGCACGCUUUCAGUGCAACCACAAGCCAACUCUGUCGGUGGAUUUGAAGAGUACUUCCUAAAUUUAAACGUGGAGAACAAUCGACGCAAUCCGUGGUUCGUAGAAUUUUGGGAACAUCAUUUUCAAUGUCGAUACCCCAACAGUUCAAGAACACCUUACAAUCAAAAGCACACCAAAACUUGCACGGGAAAAGAAAAGCUGACAAAACAAAAUACUGUUUUUGAAGAUCAACUUCAAUUUGUAUCUGAUGCUGUUAUGGCUUUCGCAUAUGCUAUAAGAGAUAUGCAUAAAGAGUUGUGCCAUGGACGACCAAGUCUUUGUGAUGCAAUGAAACCAACUAAAGGAACUGAGCUUUUAAAGUUUUUAAGAAAUGUUACUUUUGAGGGUCUUAGUGGUGAUCAAUUUCGCUUCGAUGGAAAUGGAGAUGGUCCAGCGAGAUACAACAUCAUCCAUUUUAAGCAAGUAUCAAGUAGAAAAUACCGUUGGGUAAGAGUAGGCGAGUAUAUAGAAGGAACUUUAAGACUUAACAUGUCAGAGGUCCAGUUCAAACUGGGUCAUCCGAAACUCCCAGAAUCGGUGUGCAGUUUACCCUGCGAACAAGGUCAAGCAAAAAAGUACGUGGAAGGAGAAAGUUGCUGCUGGCACUGCUUCAACUGUACCCAGUACCAGAUAAGGAAUCCUACAGAUGAAACUCAGUGUAAACCAUGUCCUCGGGGCACUGUACCGAAUCCGUUGCAUACUCGCUGCAUGGAUAUCCCAGAGGAGUAUUUACGACCAGAUAGUGGAUGGGCCAUCGGCGCUAUGGCCUUUAGUUCUACUGGAAUUCUGAUUACUAUGUUCGUAGCUGGCGUAUUCAUCAAACACAACGACACACCUGUCGUCAGAGCUUCAGGGAGGGAAUUAAGCUACGUGCUACUUGCAGGAGUGUUCAUGUGCUAUUCAGUCACAUUUGCACUUGUUCUUCGACCUAAUGAUGUUCUUUGUGGUAUACAAAGAUUCGGUGCUGGGUUUUGUUUUACUGUUGUAUACGGAGCCCUACUUACAAAAACUAACAGGAUUUCAAGAAUUUUCAACGCAGGGAAACGAUCAGCAAAAAGACCUAGCUUCAUUUCUCCGAGAUCUCAGUUAAUAAUAUGCUCUGGACUAAUUGGGAUACAGGUAUUGAUAAACGGAGUAUGGAUGGUGAUUUCACCAGCUAGAGCCAUUCACCAUUAUCCUACCAAGGAUGACAACCUCCUUGUGUGCUCUUCUUCCAUAGACGCUUCAUAUAUGAUAGCAUUCAUGUAUCCCAUAUUUUUGAUUAUAAUAUGCACAAUAUACGCAGUUCUUACAAGAAAAAUUCCAGAAGCUUUCAACGAAUCUAAACAUAUCGGGUUUGCAAUGUACACAACGUGUGUUAUUUGGUUGGCAUUCGUCCCACUUUACUUCGGUACUGCAAAUAACGUCGCCGUAAGAAUAACGAGCAUGUCCGUUACAAUAAGUCUAUCUGCUUACGUGACAUUAGCAUGUCUCUUUGGCCCAAAGUUAUACAUUAUCCUUAUCCGACCGGAAAGAAACGUCAGACAAAGUAUGAUGCCGUUAAGAUAUUCUGCGAUCAGCAAAACAACUGGAACGACAGGUUCCGGUAGUAUGAUGGCAACUGUUAUGGUAACUGCUGCAACUUGCAAUCAAAAACAGCAGAUCCAGAAGCACGUUCCACCUGUAACCAAGGAAGAAGUUCGAUUUGAUGAAAAACCAAAGAUUGAAACAAAAGAGUUUGGAACGCAGACGAUCCCAUCACCUGACACCAACCACACCGUUUACAGUUCUCAAGAUCAUCUACAGAAGCUCAACAACAACUGUAACGUCGGUAACGGUCCCUUGGCCAUCAUAGCCAAGGAUAUCCAGUUAUAGCAGGAUGUGCAAAAUACCGAUGCAAAUAGGCAAUCGGUUGAAGUGUAAACGUAUACGUAAAAGAUUAGUGUAAUUAUUAUAGUAUUUAUAGUGUUUGUGUAAAUAAGAUUUUUAAUACUCAAACUGAUACAGGGUAAUUAAUAAUUACAUUACAGUUUAACCGCAAACAUUUCUCGUAUAAUUUUUUAUGGUGCUGUGAAUAUUAAACUAAGUGAUAAAUACGUGUGGGGGAGGGACUACUUGAUUCUAGAUUUAAAGGUACGUAUUCAAAAUACUUCUUUAACAAUGUAAGAUUAAGAAAUACUCUUGCGUCGUCGUCAUUGUAUAAAUGUGAGAAUUAAAAUUAAACAAACAGUACAUAGAUAUUAAAUACAGCGUUUAAAAUUGCCAUUAUAAAACUUCGUAGAUUAAUCUUAGUUCUCCUCAUUUUGUGAACGCGUUAAAUGUAAACAUUUUAAAAGACUUAUAUUUAACUCAUUCGGAAUACUUAAUAAUUUUAUACAUAUCGUAGAAAGAUACUUUGAAUUAAGAUUGUACAUAUUCUUCCAUUACUAGUAUCGUUCUUUGAUACAAUUUUGUAAUUCGUUAAUUGCGAUGUUUCGUUACCGUUUUACCUCUACGUACAAGCUCGUUAAGCUGAGAUAAUUGGGUACAUAUUGUAAAGUAAGAAGCUGAAGGUUGUGUGCAUUAUCCAAUAUAAUGAGCCCACGGAAUUUGCACGCAACCCUUAAACGUCAUUAUCGACGCAAAGGCAGGAUUGCGUUGACAAUGCAGCUGUUAUUAAAAUACUCGUUGUAUUAUAUUAGUGAUGCUAUAUUCUUUUUUAUGUGAAAGUUAUAACAGUCCGAAAUGUACCUGUACUUAAUGUUCUACUGUUAUUAUAUACAUUACAGGGGAUCUAAUAAAUGAUAACAUACGUA